GCACCGUUGGUUGCCUAACCACUCACUCAAUUCAAGUCAGGAGGAAAAAAAAGGUUGUAAAAACGUUUUAAAACUCCUCGAAAAUAUGAAAAAGACGGCUGCCAUCGAAGUUUCUACGGCCUCUGAUGUGGCAGGAAAAAUGAAGAAACCUUUGAUCUGUUUCAUCUCUCCACUGAGCAGACCAGCAUCACAGCGCACUGGUAUCAGAAAGAAACGCUUGAUAGCAGGGACAAAGAAAGCUCCCUGCAAGCAAGGUACCGAUCAACAUCUCCAUAAAUCUGUGAUCUCAUUAAGUGACCAUGAUGUAUCAGCACUGAAGUCUUCAGCAAUGAAAACAGCUCAUGCUUUCACGAAGACUGUGAAGUCCAGAAGAAAGGAACGAGCUUCUGACCUGAAUCAAGAUCAAUGUGACAAUAUCCAAGAAAGUGCAAAGACAUAUAGAAGUACAAGAAAGAAAUCUUCACCAUUCUCUUCUGUAGCGUCAAAGUCACCUAGAAUCCAGAAGCAUCAACAUGGCAUGCUUUUUAUAUCUCCAGGCAAAAGAUCACGAUCUAAGAGCAUUCAUGGAUUGGAUGGGAUUCAUAGACGUCGUACAGUGUCCUUGACACCAGAAGACAAGAAGAAGCUGAGUAAGGUCAUUGAGAAAAGGGUAAGAAAGCAAAGGAAAUGUGGAAAGGAUCAGAAUGGUUCCACAUCCGUAGGUGAUCUUUCAUUCUCUACAAGCGACCAUGAGGCAUCUUUCCCAUCAAACGGGUCUUUCGUGAUGGAAGUGCAUGGAUCUACUGAAUCUUUGAAGCAUCAAAACCAAUUCUCCCGUCUCAACAGACUGAACAAGGUGAGUGAUGAACCUACAGCUAUGAUCACCAGUAAGAAAUCAAUAUCUAUGAAAGAUGCAGAAUCAAAUUUACCAGGAGUUCUGAAGAAAAGGAACAAGAUGCCUUUUGUUUCACCUGAGAAGAGGUCACUAUUUAAACCAAAACAUGGUUCAGAUAGAAUCAGUCAAGGCCGUACAGUGUCUAUGACAAUUGUGGAUAUGAAGAAGUUUGACAAGGCCAUCAAGAGUAGGGUAAAGAGAAAGAUCAAUGAAACCAUAGACAGAGAUGCCCAAUCACUUGAGCUAGACAUUUCAACUGACAAUGAUGUCUCUUGUUCAUCUCCAAACAAGUCUGUGGGGAUGAAAGUGGAUGUCCGUGAUUCCUUGUACAAUCCGAAACAAGAUGACUUUCUUCAAAGAAUUGAUGAAAUGUAUCUUGAAUCUGAUAUUAAAAGAAAGAAGCCUUGUAUGAAAAUGUCUGAGGGAUCUACAUGUAGUUCACAUAGAAUUCAUAAGCAACAGAAAGGGAUGUCAUUUGUCUCACCUGAAAAAAAGUAUAGGCAAACAGCAUCGGUACCAUCUAAAGGAAAGAAGAAAAUACAAGAAUCCAUUAAUUACAGUGGGACAAAUAUGAAGAAACAUGACAAGAUCAAUGUUCAGACCAGACCAGACAAUAGUUCAUUAACUCCAAAUGACUACGAUGUCUCUAGAUCGAGCGGUUCACCAGGGCUGGAAGCAGAUAGUUUUUUGUCUGGUAUAGCAUACAAAACUAAAGAUUCCACUCGAAAUCUGAAACAUGAUCAUCCUAGGAGUGAGGACAAUGUGGAUUUAUAUGUACAGGAACCAGAGCCAACUCUGCAGAAUGAAGCAGUGUCACCCAAAGUUAAACAAAAGAUGGAAGCUGUCACUCAUCAAUUUGGUUUUGAGAUACAGAGAAAAAGUGGAAGAACUCCAAAUUUGAACUUCAAGAUAUUGGAUAAAAUGUAUGAGAGAAGAUUCAACCCAAGCCAGAGAGAUAAUCAAGAAAAGAAAAGCAGUGAUCAAGAAAGAUCUCGUGCUGAUUUGAAGUUAAAGAGAAUGGCUGAGAGGAGGUUCAACUCUACUGAAGACUGUCCUGAAGCAGUGGUGAACAUGGACACAGUUGCCAGGAUCAGAAGUUUUCAAAAUGGACAGACAAACUCAAGGAGCUCCAGCCCACCCUCCAUCCAGAGAUGUGCUUUUGCUCGAGAUAUCAUUGCUCCAGAAUCAGAUGACAUGAGUGACAGUACUGUUGAUGAAGCAGACAGGAGUCUGUUAGAGAAAGAAAUCAGUAACUUCUUUGAGGGUAAGAGGGGGCAGGCUUGUCUUGAUUUCAGAAAAGGUGCAAUGACCUUUGAUGUGACACCAAGCUGUGUCCGCCAAGACACCACGUCAGCAGGAAAUGGGCCUGUCACCAGCACAGGACAAAAUGUGCAAGACCUUGAUGACGUCGUAGUCACCGAUGACAGCAGCUGUAAUACAACUCCAAAUAUCCUUCAAGAAGUGAAAGAUAACCAGACAUUACUCAAGAGUGCAUCACCGGCAGUCCAAAAUGAUGCUUCAGCUUCGACUGAAUAUAACUUUGGCGAACACUUGCCUAUUGAUGUUGACACGGAUGAACCCCUGAAUGAUGCAUGUACACCCUACCAGCAUUCAACUCCUACUGGUUCUAACCAUCAUCAUGAAGCAAAACCAAAGAUCACAUCCAGCAAUUCACCUGUACCCUGGGCUGCAAUAGAAUUGAAUAAAGGAAUGUUUGUGAUGUAUUGCCAUGAGGAGACUGCACCGUGCAUUCUCAAGGACCUUGAAGGUUACCCAAACAUCAUACAAAGGAGCAGUUUGACAAUGACCUACCUCAGUGAUAAAUCCUUGGUGAAAGUGCAAGGAAUGGUGCUUCUGGAAGAACACAGAUUGAUCAGACCAGAUAAAGUUCCAAUAAAAGAAGACAAAGCUGAGAAAAGAGAGAAACGUAGCAAAACA